AUGCCCCAAGCACUUUGUAUCGGCGAACUACUCAUCGAUUUUGUUUCCACCACAAUUGAUGUCACGCUUGCAGAGGCUCCGGGAUUCGCCAAAGCAGCGGGCGGUGCAACAGCGAACGUCGCCGUUGGUUUGGCGAAACUUGGUGUUGAUUCAGGGUUUAUCGGCAAAAUCGGUGACGAACCGUUCGGCAAUUUUCUGCGACAGACGCUUGAACAGAACCGCGUUGAUACCGCUCAUCUCAUCUCAGAGGCGGAUCGUCGGACAACAUUAGCAUUUGUUGCCACCCGAUCAGAUGGUGCGAAGGACAUCCUUUUCUAUCGCAAUCCGGGGGCGGAUAUACUGCUCAGACCUGACGAAAUUGAUGCAGCGUAUAUUCAAUCUGCGGAUGUGUUUCACUACGGUUCGUGCAGUUUAAGCCACCAACCCGUCCGCGAUGCCACGUUGAGGGCGAUCCAGUAUGCGAAGGAGGCCGGCACAUUCAUCUCCUACGAUCCAAAUCUGCGUCUGAUGAUGUGGGAUGCGCCAGAGGAGGCUAAACACUGGAUCUGGGAGGUCAUGCCGUAUGCAAAUGUCGUCAAAGCGGCAGAUGAGGAGUGGGAGUUUAUCACAGACACUCCUGAACUGGAGGGGGGAAGUGAGCGUAUCUUGGAGACUGGCGUAGAGUUAGUCAUCGUGACGCUAGGCGAGCACGGUUGUUAUUACAAUAACGGCUCGCAUCAAGGCUAUGUGGACGGAUUCAAAGUCGAAGUGAUUGAUCCACUUGGUGCGGGCGACGGAUUCGUCGCAGCAAUGUUGACACAAAUAAUGCGUUCCUCCGGAGGUGUGCGGAAACUGCCUGAGCUCGAUGAUAAUCAACUCCAAAAAUGA